AUGGCUCUCCUGGCUCACACCCUGGCACUGCUGGCAAUGACCAUGGCCACGGUGGCCAUCAAGGUGGAGCCCCUGGACAUGGCCCUGGACUCCUUCGAUGACCAGUACCGGGGCUGCGGCCCUGCCAUGACCAAGGCGUUGCCAGCACUCUACAACUUUGAGUUCCAGGUGAAACCACUCUUUGCCAAGACCUGGGUGAAGGCUGAGGCUGAGUGGCGCAGGCGGGGCUCCCCUGUGUCCCCUCUGGCAUCCCAGUGGCAGGCCAUUGCUCUCAUGGCCUACUCAAUGAAGGACAUUUACACGGACUUCAACGCAGCCGUGCGCACGGCCGGGCGUUCCCGCCAGGAAUACAGAAAUAACUUCCACUUCAAAACGCUGCAUUUCCUGCUGACCCAGGCUCUGGUGACACUGAGGCAGGCUCGGAACAGGCAGUGUCACCAGGUGUUCCGGGGUGUGCGUGACGUUCGCUUCCAGGCACGGCGUGGCCAGCGGGUCCGGUUUGGUCAGUUCACAUCGACGUCGCUGCGUAAAGAAAUUGCUCUGCGAUUUGGGACAGACACGAUAUUCCAAGUGCAGACAUGCCAUGGUGUGGUCGUCCGUCAGUUCUCCAAGUAUCCAACAGAGGAAGAGGUGCUGAUCCCACCAUUCGAGACCUUUCAGGUCACCCAAGUCACCUGGGAUGGGAGGAGGACAUGGAUCUGGCUCCGCUCCGCUGGGACCUACAGCAGAUACAACUGUGCAUAUUAA